GGGCAAAUAAAAAUAAAUAAGAACAUGUUGGUUGUUUUGGUUGGCAAAAUAUUUUUUGAUAAACAGUAAACAGACAUAUGCCAUAAAACUUCUUUUUGGAAGAUGUGUUGGCUCUGAAAAGAGUCGGUUUUGUUGCUGUUGUUGUUUUCCCUUUUCAAUGCCAGGCCUGUCAGGUGCUUGCAGGCAGCAAGCAGGCUAGACGUCUUCAGAUCUCCCGCCUCUAACGUUCCCAGGGCUUGGAUCCAGUGCGAUUUAUCUUUAACCAAUCAGGUCUCAUAUCGUCUUCAAACAGCUUUUCGUUGAAGCCGCUUUCAAUAUAAUUAGCAAGUGACUUGACCGCGAUAUCUUUUACUAUGACGCGCCCCAAAAUGACGGUGAAGUUAGGUGAAGCGCGUGCAAGAUGGUUCUACUUCAUGAAACAGCAAUAAAUGGCAGGAUCAUCCCAAGACAUUUCUCAUGAAAGAGUGCCAUAAGGGAGGUGAAGUACGUUCGUAAUGAAAGAAUCGACGGGACCUUCCCCGUAAAGGAAAGUAAGGUGAAGUACGUCCAUUAUGAGAGGAUCAACAGAACAAUCCCCGGAAACUACGCAAAAUCGGAACUUAAUGUUACAACACCAAUUUAUAGAAAGAUAUUUUACUUCCAAUUUUAGCGUUGGUUUUGUCAAAGAUGCUCCUGAAUAACCCAUAUCCUGCAUAACUGGACACGCAUGCAAACAAAUUUAUUUAAAAAUUACCUUACAUAUUUCCAGUUUUAUCAUUAAGAUCCUCUGAAAACCCUUUUACAUUGCGCCCGAAUCGCCAUUUUUUCCACAGGGCUUGGAGAGCUGACAGUAUACAAUGCCUAUACACACACUCUAAAAACGCAUUGUCGUGCAGCUCUGAUAUGAAAAUAGUAAUAAAAAANGCUGGGGGGUAGCUGCAAGACCAACUGUAGCUGUUGUUUUUAAGAAAAAUAUGGAGUUCUUUGUCAAACGCUAUGGAAAAUAAUUUCUCUACAUUUAUCAUAGAUUUAGGGGUAGAAGCACAUGCAUAAUUUAUGCAUGUAGAGGUCAUGGCCUGGGUCACACCUACCCAUUUAUAUGACAAAUACAGCGUGGACAAAUUAGGAAUUAUAUACCAAUAUCUUAAGAAUUACUUUAACUUUUCAUUUCUUUUUUUUCAGAAUGGAAUCUGACGGGAAAAAAAGCAUCAGAUUUUAUCCAGGGUUGGACGUACUCCUGCUAAGGGAGAUAGUUGCCGACAUUCCCCAAAAUAAAUCAAUGUGGGAGGCCAUAAACAAAAAGUUGAAUGACGUCUUGAAAGAACGAAAUGCCUAUGUCACUUUGAGAGCAUGCAAGGAUCGCCUUCGCCACCUACAAGAGGCACACCGCAGGCAGGAAAUGAAUUCAUUGCAAGCAUCUGGAACGGAUGAGGAGUAUGAUGAAAGGGCACAACUGUUGACCGAACUGGCUGAGUUAGAUGAGGAGCGGAAGAAAGCCAAGGAAACAUCUGGGAAAGACACACAUGCCAAAGAAAUUCAAGGAAAAGAAAUCCGAAUGGCAGCAAUGGAAUCCCUCGCUGGGACCAGUAAGAUGAAUACUGAUGGGAAUAUACGUGAGGAGUACAUCAAAAAUAUGAAUCGUUUACUGUGACUGGUCUUUACUUGUAUCAAUAUUUUUGAAAAUCAUAAAACUAGCUUUUACUGCAAAUUUAAGCUGUUUUGUUUAGGUUUGUAAUUUAC